AUGCUGGGGGAACUAAUGUCUCUUUUUAGAACUCUGCAUGGAAUACUUGCUUCCUCAGGCACCAUAGGAGCAUUGGUGGCUUGGCUGAUCAGCUAUAAGGCAGCUUUUUUUGGGUUCCUAUUCCUUCUGCUGUUGCUUAGCAACUGGCUGGUCAAGUAUGAACUCAAGCUUACCCCCUCAGAGCCCCAGCAGGACAAGAUCCUUGAACGGCUUAUGUUCAGUGAAAUGAAGCUGAAGGUCUUAGAAAAUCAGAUGUUCAUCGUAUGGAAUAAAAUGGAUCGCCACAAGAGGUCAGGCCGACGGCGGACUUUUCCCACGGGGAGACACAGAAUCAGGAAGCAUGAGUCGAUUUUCUCCAUCUUCUCUGAUUGCACUUCCAAUUCCCCCUAA